CACGAUGCUGCGCGUCGUUUUGUUCAUUAAGUUACCAACGGCUGUUAGUCUGGCCAUCAUAUUCCAGAAAUACGAGUAACUGCUUACAGAACGAUUUACGUGCCCCAGUUCCGUUUUAUCUCCAUACAUCUCCGUAUCAGCCAGUCUAUUGAUGUGCGGCCCAUUUACCCCGGCGCCAUCUUGUCUUGGCCAACAAUCAUUCGUUCCCUCUGCCCUGAAAUUUAUUUUCUCGACAGUGACGAGUUGAUUUAUAAAUCCGCAUACCUUUUCGAUUGAUAUCUCUGGCUGACAUUCCGCAUCUCUAUUGAAAUGCGAUUUUUUUCUGCUAUUAUUCGCCAUAAACGAUCGGCAAACUUGCGCCGACUCUGUCGGUGCGAAUAACGAACUCCGAUAGAUGACGCACUCGGCACGUAACCAUGGCAACAGGAGUAACAACAUGUGGCCAAGCUAACCUCUACGGUGCUGUGUCACGAUUUGGCCUUUUAUCAAUAUCUUUCCACUUUAAUACCGAGUUUAGAUGUCAGGACCAGCCUUGCCUUAUUUAUUGGGGUUUAUUACCCAGUAAUUCACUUUGAUAUGUCAUAUUUUUAUGGCGGUUCACUCGCAGACAUUGAAAGUGUCAAGGAGAAACGGAUCAGAAGAAAGCAUAGUAAACUGCACAAUCAAGUAAAUGACAAUGACGUUGAACUGGUUCAUGGAUCCAAACAGCGUCGCAGGCAUACUGCUAAAACAAGAUACUCCGCUAAAGCGAAGGAUUCCAAUAUUCAAAGCAGUUAUACAGUUGAUGAAAAAGAACCUCCCAGAAACAAAGACAGACGACGUCCUUGUAAAGAGAUAGACAGGUUCGUUGAAGAAAAUAGUUUGCCGAAGACCGAGCUGGAGGGACCAAAUGUAAACUUGGAAGUCAUGGAAGAGUUAACGGAAGAAGGUACGAUGAUAAUGAAGUUGCGGAGUAAGCUUCACAAAUUAGAGAAAAACUGUGAAGAGAUUCAGGAAGAACGCCAGAAGCUUAGUUUUCUCUUACAGCAGCGAGAAACUGAUUAUCAGAAGCUGCGCUUACAUUGCGAAAAGAUGGUCGAUGCCGUUCAAAGUGUUGAAGAUGAAAAGAGUAAUCUUAUAAUAAUUAAUGAGAAAUUCAAGGCUGAAAAUACACAGUUAAAGGAAGACGUGACUUUGUUAAAAAGCCUAGUCUAUCGUUUGAAUGUGGAGUUAGAGAAGUACCAAGACAGAUUACAACAAUGUGGACAAUCGUCUGAAAUCAAAAAUAUAGAAGAAGUUAAUACACCUCUUCAAAGUAAGAAAAUAAUGGAAUCUUGGGGCAGAGUCAAUACCCACGCAUUAGGUCCAUUGCUAGAUGCUUACGAACAAAGCUUGCUGGAAAAAGAUGAGCUGAUAAAAACAUAUGCACAGCAAAUUGACAUAUUUAGUACACAAUGUAAAGAAAUCAUUGCAGAGAAUGAAAGUUUACACAAGGAAGUGGAAAAUUUAAGCAAGAAGUGUGAUAAAUGUACAGAAGAAAUUAAAACAGUUGGAACUGAUGCUGCCGUGAUGAGGGAACAAAAUGACCUUUUAGCGAAACAAGCAGUUCAACAUAAACAAAAACUGCACGAAGUUCAUUCGCUUUAUGAACAAAAAGUGGAGUCAAUGUCUCGAGAUAAUAAUAAAUUGCACGAUGAUUACGUGGCCUGUAAAUCCGAAUACAGUACUUUGAAAGGAAAGUAUGAAGUGCUAAGUGAAAGUUACGAAAAGUUAAAAAACACCUACGAGAAAACAGUGCCGCUGUCUGUUCACACCUCAGCAGUUGACGAAUGUAAAAGGUUGUUUGAGGAAUUAAAGUAUCAAUAUGAGGCUGAGAAAAAAAAACUGACUGCAAGAAUAAAAUAUCUAGAAGAAACGAAUCCGGAAAACGAAAAACAACUUAUCGCAGUCACGACCGAGAGAGAUCAUCUGAAGAAUUUAGUAAAACAUCUAGAAAAGAAUUUAAAACGAACGCAGCACAAACUGGAGCAGGUCCAGAAUUCGGUGUAUUCCAUUCAAGUAUCUCGAGACUCCGUAAAAAGGCAAUUAACCAAGACAACUGCUUACUGCCAAGAACUUGUUAUCGAGCAGAAGAAACUCUUGGAAGAAAGAGAUAAACUGAUCGUUCUUCUUCGAGAAAAAGAAAAAGAAAAUGAGAACAUUCAAUACCUAGGUAGCAACAUAGCUCAUAGGAUGGAUAAUUUAAAAAGUCAACUGCGAAUUGUACAGAAAGGAGCUAAGAAGCAGCUGGCCUCGGUCGAAAAGCACCUGAAAGUCCAAGAAUUUGAUGCAGGCCAAACGAAAUCGGAGUAUCAGCGAGAGUUGCAGCGACUAAAACAGCUGAUCAAGCACAAAGAAGACGUCAUAGGUCGAUUACAGAGAGAAAAAUGUGCGACCCAAGAAAAUCUCGAGUUGGUCUUGCGAGCAGCAACCAGUGACGAUAAAAAAGUGAAAGAUGCUCUGAGAAACACCAAGUUUUACAACGUCUGAAGAAAUCAAUAGGCUGCCAUUAGUCAGUGAGCUCCUCGAAUCUAUCAAUUACAUUCUAGUCUGCCACGUACAGAAUGCAAUUCGUUGUGUUAACAUAACUGAGACACACCGAUGUAGUGUACAUAAGCACAUUCUAGUCACUAUAAUAAUAUCUUCCUCCAACGGACGGCGAUUAUCACUCCUGUUGUCUUCGCUCAGGAUGUCUUGGAUGGAACUCAUGCCUAUCGAAGCAAUGUCACAGAUCUCUCCCUCCGGGACGACAAAGCUAACGCUUGCAGGUCUUAAAAAAAAAAAAGAUAUUCGACGGAGCGCUCGCAAAUAUAAUAUUUGUAAUUUAUUAACGAUGUCCCCUGCUUUAUUUAGUCGAUGACAUCAGCUAGUGUAAGUACUUGCGAAGGCUGUCGUCACAUAAGAGGGGAUAAUGACGACAAACGAUGGCUAGUAAACGAUUUUAAAGACUUAAAGGCACCUCAUAUAGAAGUGAUCUCACUUCGACCGAUUUACAUGUCAGGCGAGAUCGUUUACAAUCAGCAAUUCUCACUUUGCCCUAACUGUCGUUACGCCGUAUAAUACUUCUACUUAAACGCCGAUAUGCACCGUGAGAAUCGCCGAGAAUUGAUGUCUCUCGAAAAGAAUUCGAUUCAAACAAUUCCUCGAAGCGCGGCUACAUAUCGCAUCAGUA